AUGAAGUAUCUGGUGUUGAUCGCGUUGAUUGUACAAGCCCUAGCCUCCCACCACAGUACCGAUCCUGACAAAGACGCCGCUCAUCAAAAGGGAGGUGAACACGAUCCUAAAUACGAUCAUGAUCAAUUUCUUGGUAAGGAUACCGCAGCCGAGUUCGAUGAACUCACGCCAGAGAAAUCAAAGGAGAGACUAGCAAAAUUGAUUCCAAAGAUGGACGCCGACGGCGACGGUUUCGUUGAAGAGAAGGAGCUGAGAGAGCACAUCAAUUUCAUGCAAAAGAGGUAUGUGAAUAAUGAUGUUGAGCGCACAUGGAAGAACUAUAAAGACGAAAAGAUUGCUGACGGCAAGAUCAAGUGGGAAGACUAUCGAGAGAUGGUCUAUGGAUCACCCACAGGUGAGGGACAAGAGCUUUCUCCAGAGUACGCCAAGAUGAUCGCUCGUGAUCAGAAGAGGUGGGCAGUUGCCGACUAUGACUCUAAUGGUAUGCUGGAUCGCACCGAAUAUGGUUGUUUCAUGCACCCAGAAGACUGCGACCACAUGCGUGACGUCGUCGUGGCGGAAACCAUUGAAGAUAUUGACAAGAACAAGGAUGGCUAUGUAGACUUGGAAGAGUAUAUUGGAGAUAUGUAUCGUCCAGACGACUAUCCUGAACUCAACGGAAAGGAACCCGACUGGGUCCAGUCUGAACGUGAAAUGUUCAAAGAGCACCGAGACAAGGACGGAGAUGGCAAGCUUAACCAGGAAGAGAUGAGGGAUUGGAUCAUGCCUGUCGGUUUUGAUCACGCCGAAGCUGAAGCCCGUCAUUUGGUCGGAAUCGCCGAUGACAAUAAGGAUGGCAAAUUGUCACCGGAGGAGAUCAUCGCUCAUUAUGACACGUUUGUGGGUUCACAAGCCACUGAUUACGGCGAGCAGCUGCAGAAACACGAUCCAGCUGAGCUCUAA